AUGGGUUUCCAUGGUUUAAAAUCUGCAUUACAAGGCAGAUUAGCUGGCUGCAAUCUCACUGAGAAGUCUAUUGAAACCUUAAGUACAGCUCUACAGUCAGAAAACUCUGCCCUGAAAGAGCUGGACCUCAGUAACAACGACCUGCAGGGAUCAAAGAUGGAGAAACUCUCUGCUGGAUUGAAAAGUUCAAACUGUAAACUGGAGAUACUCAGACUUGUUACGUGUAAACUCAGUAAACAGUCAAUUGAGACUCUUCAGUCAGUUUUACAAUCAGAAAACAACUCUCUGAAAGAGCUGGACCUCAGUAAUAAUGAUCUGCAGGAUUCCAUAGAGAAACUCUCUGCUGGACUCAAGAGUUCACACUGUAAACUGGAAACUUUCAGACUAGCUUUGUGUAAUCUUGGGGAACAGACCUGUGACAGUCUGGGAUCAGUUUUAAAACUAGAAACCUCCCUGAAAGUGCUGGAUCUCAGUAAUAAUGACCUGCAGGAUUCAGGAGUGGAGAAACUCUGUUCUGGACUGAAGAGUUCACACUGUAAACUGGAGACACUCAGGUUAUCUGGUUGUAUGAUCACAGAGAAAGGAUGUUCAUCUCUGGCUUCAUCUUUGAGCUUAAACCUGAAAGAACUGGAUCUGACCUACAAUAACCCAGGAGACUCUGGAGUAAAGGAGCUCUCUGUAAAAAUGAAGGAUCCACACUGCAAACUCAGCACACUCAGGGUGGAGCAUGGAGGAAUUAGCAGAAUGAAAACAGGACUAAAGAAAUACGGCUGUGAUCUCACACUGGAUCCAAACACAGCGCACCCAGUUCUCACUCUGAGUGUAGAAAACAGGAGAGUGGAGUGUGGAGUGAGGCAGCCGUAUCCUGAUCAUCCAGAGAGAUUUGAUGAGUGGUAUCAGGUUCUGAGCAGAGAUGAAGUUACUGGACGCUGUUACUGGGAGGCUGAGUGCAGCAAAGGAGGAGCUGUUAUAGCUCUGAGUUAUAAAACCAUCAGCAGGAAAGGACGAGGUUCAGACUCUGGGUUUGGAGGGAAUGAAAAGUCCUGGAGUCUGGAGAUCGAUAAUAACAGAUACUUUAUUCAUGACAAUAAAAACAGUUACUCUGUUCUUCACAAUGAUAACAGAACUGCUCUCCCUCCUCCUCCCUCUACCUCUUUCACAGUAGGAGUGUAUGUGGACUGUCCUGCCGGCACUCUGUCCUUCUACACCAUCUCCACUCAUACACACACACACCUACACACAUUCUACACCACAUUCACUGAAGCGCUCUAUGCUGGGUUUGAUGUUUGGGGUUCUUUACGUAUCUGCGAUAUAGAAUAAACUUAUUUGACACUAGUAAUUUACUUUGGAAAACUCCCCGUUACUGAGUAAAAAAUAAAAUGCUGGGAAAAAAAAUAAGUAAACCAAUACAGAACACGAUUUGUUCCAUAUUUCCAUAAACGUCCAAUCCACAUGUCUGACACUCACAUCCACCCUAAACCCCUCCUCCCUCCGCUCCUCUCUUCUGUGUGCUGCUGCUGGUACCUUUUUAAGUCUCCACCACAGACAGUAAGUACUCCGCAAAAUCGGUGCAAAAACACAGGCGUGAGUGUGAAGAGGGGUGUCAGUAGAGAUGAUUAUAAGUUAAGUAGUUAAACGUGUCUGUGAGUGUUUUUGGUGGCUCGCGGUGGACUGUCUGAUAUCAGAUGGAUCAGGAGAGCAACACUGCCCACACUCAGUGUCUCACUGCCCGAGCAUCAGUCUCACAGUCCUUCACCACCCACUCAUCUCCUGAGACUGAUAUUUUACAGAUAAUUAUCUAGUCGUGCUUUUGCCAGAAGAUGUCAGUGCAUGGGGCAGAGCUUAUUUUAGUAGACUAUUGUGGUUUGAUCAAUUAGUAUGUUGAGUUUUGUCAAAAGAAUGAUUUUAUGGCAAUUUAAAGAACAAAUCUAAAUAAAGUAUAUAUUAAAUUCUUAUAUAUUUUCUAAUAUAUAAGAAUUUAAUACAUACUUAUUUAUUUUGAUUUGUUGAUCCACAAUGUCUCCGGGAGAUCACUGGACACGGUAUUCCUCACAAAAAUAUAAACAUUUUAACACAAAAUAUUUUUGGCGUCCCUUAAUUCUAAAAGGUGGCAACCCUAGUUAGCUAGUUAAUCUAGCUGUGCGAUGUUACGUGCUCAACCUGCAUCCACAAAUAGAGUUUACCUUUCUGAAAGUCUUGGUGGUGAGAGAAACGCCUCAUAAUGUUCCCUGUGUUUAUGUUCCGCUGAUUUUAUCACACAUAGUUUGCGCUGAGUUUUGUUCUCCAUGGCAGCGCAGCUGAACUUUUUCCAGUAAUGGUUAUUUUGGUUAGCGGGUAAGACGCUGUGUAAAUCAGCUGUGUAGCCUGGGGUCUGUGUAUUUUUUCAUGUUUUUAAUGAUAAUUCCAUACGUUUUUAUUGGGAACAUUAAACAAUCUGCUUGAAUGUUAAAAAACAUGUAAAUUGCAGUUAAAGCAGAGCAAUGGUAAGUUAAAAAGUAAUAAUGAACUGUAAAACUAUAAAAAUACGGUUUAUAGUCACAUAUAUGACCAUAACUUUUUAACAGUAAAGAAAAAAAAUGGAUCAUAGAAACCUAUGCCACUUGUUCCUGAAAAUGUUUUAUGGGGUGGCUGAACAAAUACUGCCUGAAAGGUCCAAAUUAUUAUGUGGAAUAAUAGUUCAUUUACAACAAUUUAAUUUAUGAUUUGUUGUACUUUUUUUUUAUCAAAUAAUUAAAAGUAACUAUGUAAAGUUUACUCAAAGUACAUUAUUUUUUAUUACUCAAAGUACAUAAAUUGAGUACUUUUUUACUUUUACUCAAGUAGAUUUUUAGAUGGGUACUUUUACUUUUACUUGAGUAGAAUUUUAGCAAAGUAAAGGUACUUUUACUUAAUUACAAAUUUUCAGUACUUUUUCCACCCCUAAAUGAGUGUGUGUGACAGAGAAACUGUGUGUGUGUGUGUGUGUGUGGGUGUGUUUGUGAUUGUGUGCGCCCUUAUCCAAUCUUCAUCAUUAAUAAUCUACAAUUCAGCACAAUAUUACUGAUAAUUAAUCAAUAUUCUGAUUACUGAUCAUCUCUGAGCAUCUACUGUAUAUAAUAUAAACAAUAUGUGUUUUUGAUUUAAUCUUUGAUUGUUGAUUUAUUCUCUAUUGUAAAUUAAAUGUUUGAUUUAUUUUUUGAGUGUGAAUGUUUUGUUUAUGAGUGUGUAUGUGUAUUAUUGGUAAUUGAAUUGUUACGAUUGCUCAUAUAUUUCGCAUGAUUUCGGAAUUUAAUGUUUAUAAAUGUAAAUAUAUUGUUUAUGAUCGUGAGUUUAUUGUUUAUUAUUGGUAAUUAAUCCGUUAUGAUUGUAAAUACAGGGGUUGGACAAUGAAACUGAAACUGGAGAGUUGAGGUGCACAUUGAAUUUGGUUUGGGCAGCUGUGGUUUUAUGUUUUUUGGAUACAAUCCGGGUUAGCACCCAAACAUCCCUUUCAGACAGCUUCCUCUUACAGCGUCCACAGUUAAUCCUGUUGGAUG